AUGCCUGUGGUCAAAGGAGGCGUCUGGACUAAUAUCGAGGAUGAGGUGCUUCGGGCGGCCGUAUCCAAGUAUGGCCUGAACCAGUGGGCUCGUGUAUCCUCCCUCCUCGCACGGAAGACUCCAAAGCAGUGCAAAGCGCGCUGGGUAGAAUGGCUGGACCCAGGAAUCCGCAAAGUCGAGUGGUCGCGUGAGGAGGAUGAGAAGCUCUUGCAUUUGGCCAAGUUGAUGCCCACGCAAUGGCGCACGAUUGCUCCCAUCGUUGGCCGCACUGCGACGCAAUGUCUUGAGCGAUACCAAAAACUCUUGGACGAGGCUGAGGCUCGUGAGAAUGACGAGCUCGGGUUGGGAGGACCUGGCGUCGAAGCGGCUGCUCCUAGCGCGGACGACGUCCGUCGCCUACGUCCUGGUGAACUCGACCCCGACCCCGAAUCGAAGCCAGCGCGCCCCGACACUAUUGAUCUGGAUGAAGACGAGAAGGAGAUGCUCAGCGAGGCGCGUGCCCGUCUGGCCAACACACAGGGUAAAAAAGCAAAGCGCAAGGCUCGGGAGCGACAGUUGGAAGAGUCGCGUCGAUUGGCGGUUCUCCAAAAGCGCCGUGAACUCAAACAUGCCGGCAUCAAUGUCAAGGUUGUGACUCGGAAGCCGGGCGAGAUGGACUACAACGCAGACAUCCCAUUCGAGAAGCCUGCGGCCCCUGGAUUUUAUGACACAAUGGAGGAGCAAUCCCGGAAUGAACGCCAACGGGAAAUGUUCGACCCCCGAAAGCAGCAGCUAGCCAAUAAGCGGAAGGGCGACCAGGACGAUGACGCCGAGCGCAAGAAGCGGAAAAACGACAAGAACAGCAAUGCGGCCGCGUCUGCUGCUGCGGCACGCGCAGGGCAGAUGCAAAAGAUUCGCGAGGCAGAGCAGAGCAGCAAGCGGCGAGCUCUCGUCCUGCCAUCGCCGCAGGUCAGCGAAGGCGAGAUGGAGGAUAUCAUCAAAAUGGGAAUGGCCGGAGACAAGGCCAGCCGAAUGAGUUCUGACGAGGAAACCACCCGGGGGCUCAUCGGCAACUACGGCGCCAUUGUCGGAGGGACUCCAAUUAGAACACCUCGUGCAGCUCCCGAAGAGGAUCACAUCGCCAACGAAAUAAAAAACAUUCGAGCUUUGACCGAGACGCAAUCCUCGCUUCUGGGAGGUGACAACACCCCUCUCCAUGAAGGCGGCUCGUCCACCGGCUUUGAUGGGAUCGCUCCUCGACGGCAACAAAUUGUCACCCCCAACCCGAUGGCGACACCAUUCCGACAGGCCAAUGGUGUUGGAGCCACACCCAUUCACGGGGGAGUUGGUCCUGGUGCUACGCCGCUGCGCACGCCACGGGACCACUUUGCCUUGAACCGAGAGACGGACGGUGGUCAGCUUGUUGGCAGCACACCCCGAGACAUCAAGACACACGAAAACUUCACGCGUCAACAGAUCCGUGGCAAGCUGGCCUCACUGCCGAAACCCAAGGAGACCGAGUGGGAAUUGGAAGAGCUUCCUUCUGAGACGGCCGAGCCCUCUGCAGCUGUGGAAUUUACCGAGGAAGACGCAGCUGAGCGUGAUCGCCGGGAGAACGAGGCACGAGAGAAGGCCGCCCAGGCUGAGUUCAAGCGCCAGUCACAGGUGUACCAGCGAGGUUUGCCUCGCCCGGCUGUACUGGAUUUGAGUGCUUUGAUGCAGCGCGCAUCCCACGUUAGAGACCCGAUUGGUGGUCUGAUUGCCAAGGAAGCCGCAGUUCUUAUCGCGCAUGACUCACGAAAGUUCCCCGUACCUGGUGCUAAGGUCGAGGGCAAGGCGCCCAAGCUGGGUCUUUUGGAUGAUGGGUCGUUGAAAGCGGCACGAUCUGCAAUCGCAACCGAAAUUGCGUCUACCGAAGCGCAGCAGCAGCACCAACAAGAUUGGCAGGAGAAGUUCGACGAUGUGUGGUUGUCUACUACUGCCCAGGCCCUCCCGGGAUUAGAAAAUUACGCGGACGACGAGACGGACCCGUUUCAGGAAGAGCAGCGCAUGAUCGGAGCCUUUGAUGGUGUCCAAGCAUCUUUGCUCGCUACGGCUGAGCGAGGGAACAAAUUGGAGAAAAAGUUGGCGCUGCAUUACGGCGGAUACCAGAACCGGGCUAAGAUGCUGCGGUCCAAGAUUCUGGAGGCCAGUGCAGCCUUGCCCAACUCCCAAGACGACCUCGAUGCGUUCCGUACCCUUCAGAUUUCCGAAGAAUCGGCCGUGUCUCGCCGUCUCGAGAAAUUGCGAGACGAUGUGUCUUUUGUCAUGCGGCGGGAGCGAGAGUCCCAGGAGGUGUAUAAGAGCCGGAAGGAGGAGCUAGACGAGCUCAUUGCGGGCACAGCGACGGUCAAUGGGUGGCACUGA